AUGCGUGGAGCACGUUUCCGCCUGUUCCGGAGUCCCAAAGGAGUCUGCAUAAAUACCGCUGGACUUCAAAACCAUUCGAUGCUUUGAAAGGAACAAAGAUAAUCCUCCGAAGUACACAGAGGCACACACUGAGAGAGAGAGAGAGAGAGAGAGAGAGAGAGAGAGAUGGCGAGGACACCAGGGCGAGACAAGAAUGGGAUGAAGAAGGGAACAUGGACGCCUGAGGAAGACAAGAAGCUGAGGGCUUAUGUUAGCCGAUACGGCUACUGGAAUUGGCGCAAACUCCCCAAGUAUGCAGGUUUAUCAAGAUGCGGAAAAAGUUGCAGACUCAGAUGGAUGAAUUACCUAAGGCCAGAUAUCAAGAGAGGGAACUAUACCAAGGAAGAAGAAGAUACCAUCAUCAGACUACAAGGAUUGCUUGGGAACAAAUGGUCAGCUAUUGCAUCUCACUUACCAGGAAGAACGGACAAUGAAGUCAAGAAUCACUGGCACACAAACUUAAGGAAGCGCUUGAAUCAAAAUACAUCAUUAACAUCUCCACAAGAAGCAACUAUCACAGAAAAUGAUUCAUGUGAUCUUGAAGUUGGACCUAAGAAUAUGUCCGAGACAAGUCCUAACAAUAUCUUCGACUUUCCUAUUAAUUUCCCUAUGACUCCUCAGAUCGUAGAAGGGUUUGCGUCCCUCCAUUUGUCUUCGAGCUCGAGGGAGACUUCAUUAUCCCGGUGCAUAGAGGCUGUGGACUUCUCGAACACGGAGUGCGAAGCUUCUUGCAACACAUAUAUUGCAGAGUCUAGCGGGAGUUUCUGGACUGAACCAUUUAUCACCGACAACAAUAUCGAAUCCUGGCUUUCACUAGAUGAAAGUUCCCUUGAUUUUUUCUACUGAGAAAAUUGGUCUGUUUAGAAUGAUCAGUCACCUUGUGUGCCAAUAAAGAAUAGCUAAUCUGUUCUUCGUAGGGUUUUUGGUUCUAUCAAUUUGGCAGCCUUUCUAUAAGGUGUGUAUAUAGUAGAAUAAUCA